UAGCAAAGAACUGAAAACAUAACCUAUACUGUAACAGUAAAUUCUAAUGUUUCGUGAAUAAAAACAUAACAUAUAAAGUCAAGCGUGCUUUAUAGAUCCUUGAAAAUGAGGGAUAUUAUUUUAUCAAAUUGUGAAAAAAGUUUUAUUCAGAAAAUAAUUUCACAAGGACAUCGUUUAGAUGGUAGAAACUUCAAUGACAGCCGCAAUUUGGAGAUCUCGUUUGGAUCUGACUUUGGAAGUUGUAUAACUACAUUAGGUGAAACAAAAGUUCUCGCCCAAGUAACAUGUGAAGUAGUUCAACCAAAGCAAAUAAGACCUAAUGAGGGUAUUCUUUACUUGAAUGUGGAAAUAAGCCCGAUGGCAGCUCCGCAGUUUGAGGCUAACAGACAAACAGAUUUAACUGUGUAUUUAAACAGAUUAUUAGAAAAAUGUUUCAAGGAUUCAAAAUGUAUAGAUUUAGAAGCAUUGUGUAUUGUUGUAGAAGAGAAGGUAUGGUCACUUAGGGUAGAUGUAAAAGUUUUAAAUCAUGAUGGAAACCUUGUGGAGUGUGCCAGCAUUGCUACAUUGGCAUCAUUAGCACAUUUCAAGAGACCUGAUGUAACCCGUAGUGGUGAAAAUGUAACCAUCCACACAUUAGCCGAAAGAGAUCCAAUACCAACUGUAUUAUACCAUUAUCCUGUAUGUGUCAGUUUUGCAAUUUUUAAUAAUGAUAUGCUUAUAUCAGAUCCGAAUUUCAUUGAAGAGUCUGUGUGCAUCUCCAGCACAGAUGAGAGUAAUAGCGGUGGUGUUUUGGUUGUUGGCAUGAAUCAGUACAGAGAAAUAUGUCUUCUAGACCUUACUGGCGCUGCUGUAUACAACUCCAAGAUUGUCCACAAAGCUGUACAAAAUGCCGCAGAAAGAAGUAAAACAGUGGUAGAACUAGUUAAGAGAGUAAUCAUAGAUGAUGACAACAAAAGACAGAAACGUGUCAAGAUAAAUUUCAGUGACAUAAUCACGGACAGUCAUAUUCAGUCACUAAAUAGAAAAGAUUUGAGUAUCUGCCUUAAAAAUUACCAUGUUGAUGAUGCAGUUGCUGAUAAUGAUGUUAAAAUGGACGAAGAUGAUGUGGAACCAGAACCCAGCAAAUAUGAUGUUAUUCCGUCACUGCCUCACACUGCUGAGCUCAAAUCUAACACUGGAACAACAUCUUGGAUUGAAAUUUCAUCAGAGUCAGAAGAAGAAAAAUAGAUUUUCGUUGUCAUUGAAAGUACUGGUAUAGUGUUUGGAAACAGUUUUUAUUUUAUCAUUGCAUAACCCUUGUGACAUAACAAAUAUAACAUGUUAUAUACUUGGAUUAUAUACAUAAUAAAAAUCUUCUACAUUGUAAUAAAUAAUGAUUCCUAUGUAAAUGUUCUUUUAAUUAAUAUAUGAAAUAUCACUAAACUUAUUUGAUGCAAAACAAGUCUUAAGGUUUGGCUUAAGGGUACAGCACACAUAUCAACUCGGAAAGGGAUCGG